GUUUUUAAAUAACGUCUUUCUUGAAUCGACCAGCCGUUCACGCACAUCAUGGCGACGACCGUGAAUAGUGGAAAUGUUCCUGUGUCGGACACACAAUCCUCAACCUCGGCUGAUCCGCGCUAUGAAGGUUCAACAUUUCAGUACAGCAUGCUCCUGGAGCACCUCAUCGGGGAGAAGAGGCCGAUUAAAGAUCUGAAUCCGACCGUUAUGGGAGGUCUUCCCAAUCCCAUGAAAACCGACGACCAGAAGAUGAUCGAACGGGGAAUGGAGAGCUGUGCCUUCAAGGCGGUGUUGGCAUGUGUUGGAGGGUUUGUUCUUGGGGGAGCGUUUGGGGUGUUCACGGCUGGCAUAGAUACCAAUGUGGGAUUUGACCCCAAAGACCCCAUGAGAACACCUACUGCCAGAGAAGUCCUUAAAGACAUGGGCCAGAGGGGAAUGUCCUACGCCAAAAACUUUGCAGUCAUUGGAGCAAUGUUCUCCUGCACAGAGUGCAUCAUUGAAUCGCACAGGGGAAAGUCAGACUGGAAGAAUGCUGUCUACAGUGGUUGUGUUACUGGGGGAGCAAUAGGAUUUCGUGGUGAGUUAUCUACUUAAUCUGGGGCGAAGGCUGGAGUGCUGGGAUGUGGAGGUUUCGCUGCCUUCUCUGCUGCCAUUGAGUACUAUCUCCGAUGAAAACCAGGGGGCCUUUGUUACCUCUGUGGAAUAGGGUUGAGGUGACUGUCCCUCUGGGCCAGUAACAGACUUUAUACCUCAUGGAAAGAAAUACAUCCCAGAGAACACUGCUCUGCAGAUGGUGCAUCUGAUCAUGAGGAUUAUUACAGUUGGACAAUUCCAUCCUGGUCUUCAUCAAUCAAUCACAUUUAUUUAUAAAGCCCUUCUUACAUCAGCUGAUGUCAAAGUGCUGUACAGAAACCCAGCCUAAAACAGCAAGCAAUGCAGGUGUAGAAGCACGGUGGCUAGGAAAAACUCCCUAGAAAGGCAGGAACCUAGAGGAAUCAGGCUAUGAGGGGUGGCCAGUCCUCUUCUGGCUGUGCCAGGUGGAGAUUAUAACAGAACAUGGCCAAGAUGUUCAUAGAUGACCAGCAGGGUCAAAUAAUAAUAAUCACAUUGGUUGUAGAGGGUGCAACAGGUCAGCACCUCAGGAGUAAAUGACCUUUUGUUGACUGUAUCCUGUGCACAGUGAUGUCAUACUGGGUAUGCUGGCUUUUCCUUUAUCGAGAUGAAACUGGGUUUUAGAUGAGCGCUGUCUAUUCUCUCCUUUAGUUGUGGGUAAAAUACAGCCUGGUGAUGUAAAGUCAAUCAAAAGUUUGAGUCCAGGUCAAUGGGUGUGUGUUAAGGCUAAAGCCACAAACUGUAGAUGAGUCAGACACUAAAUGUGCCAUUGUUUAGAAAAGGUUUUCUUUGUCAAAAUAAACAUCUGCAUCCUCCAACAGCCAUAUUACACUCAAACUGAAAUCGUGUGUACAUUAUACAAUCAGUGAGUCAUUUAUUUGUAUAUAUUUACUGUACACAUGAAUUGUGGAAAAUUUGUUUCACGUCUUUGACCCAUGCAAACAUGACCAAACAAAUCUACAAUGCAGGUGAUGGCUGCAGAAACCUAUACUCCAAACUUUGACAUUUGUAAAGUUCAUGAGUCAGACAAUUUCUAAGCUCCAGAACGCAACACUUUGAAAGGCGAUGACUUGACAAAAGUUAGCCGCUCUAAUGCAACGAAUUGUUUUGAUCGUCUCGGACUCAAACAGCCUUACUGUAAAAGCAACAUUUACAGAAUCCAUCCAAUUUAUACUUAACUGAAACAAGUCACGGGUGUAAAUAGUUUAUUUAAAGUCAUUGAGCAAUGCAUUACAUGACUGGAGGUGCCCACCCAGAUGAGAUCUACAGAUGUUUAAAAUUCAUUAAUGGUGAAUAAUACGAACUCAGUUGUGGGUUCGAUGUGUCAUUUAAUUGCAGGACUGGUUAUCAAUAAAAACACAAACCACUGCUAA